CACACAGCUAAUGCCAAAGCCGGCAGAGCUGAUCCUCCCCAAUUGCCGGCUCUCUCUCUCUCCGUCCCUGUCUCUGCCAUUUCUGAUCUUCUAUGGAGCUCCAUUGACGAAGCUGUUGAACGAGCAAAAAGCAUUUUCGUGUGUUUGGUCAUAUGGUUUAUGAUCGGAUACGUCGUUAUACAUCACUGAAUCGGUGAUAUUUACGUUUGAUCAUGAGAACUGGAAGCUACACGAGCUAAGUGCUCUGUUGCAGUUGCAACAUCCUUGUUUUCGACCGUCUUUGCUAGAGUUAAUGGCCGGAAAUUAUCAUUUUUUGAUGGACCAAAAGGAUAUAGUCCUGCUAUUGGUCACAACUGUCGAUAGUUUCACCCAAGAGAGACUGAUCAACAGAGACCAACGGGCCCAGCACAAGGAGCAAUGUGCCGAGAGAUUGGCAGCUGAAGGUGAGAAUGGUGACGGCGGCACGGAGGUCCGGUACUCCGAUCAGGCAGUCCUAGCAAACUUGGACUGGGGCAUCGAUGCCCUAGAAGAAGCCAUCAAUACGUCGAACACCGAGACGAAGCUUGCUCGGUUGGAUUACGCAGAGAAAAUGCUCCAAGUCUGUGCUAUGUUAAACUCCGAGCAGAAAACUGCGGGGGUGCCGAACUUCUACCUUUCGGCGUGGGCCAACCUCAACCUCUCGUACCUCUGGAAGCUCCGUGAAGAUGUCGAGAACUCGGUCCUCCAUGUUCUGGAGAUGUUCAUCGUGGACCCAUUCUUCUCAAGGAUCGACUUUGCUCCCGAGCUUUGGAGAGACCUGUUUCUCCCCCAGAUGAGCUCCAUUGUCGGGUGGUACUCCGAGGCGAGGCACAGGCUCGUGAUGGAGGCGAUUCCUGACUCAUCUGAUCUUUCCUUCACUGCUGACUUGGACCAGCUUCUUAAUGAAUCAGUCAUCUUCUCCGUGAGGCCGGAUCAGAUCGAGAAGUUGCACAAGCUCGAGGGUAUUUAUAGGCAAUCCUUGGACGAGAAUACGCGACUCUUUGCUAAAUUCUAUAAGGAUUGUAUGAAGUCCGAUUCGACUGGUGCCUGCAAGAAGGUGGUACCAAUGAUGCCGAUCGCAGAGCCCCCAAGGACUCCAUUGCACGAGGUGAGCCGUUCGAUUCCUGAUUAUGUGAAGUUUGGCCCCAUACUGCCCAAGAGUGCGGGAUUCUCGGUUAUUGCAUCGAAAGACAGUGCCAGACAAGAUAGCAGAUUAACAAGGGUAACCUCCAAUACCUCCCAGGACUUGGAAGAACCCAUCGUGCAGGAACCUCAUAAUGGAUCAGAUGUGGAGAAGGAAAAUGAUUCCGAUGACGGAGAGGAAAUAAUGGGAACGCAAGUCCAGCCUUCCAUGGAAAAAGUUAGAGUGGAGACUCCUAAAGUCCUCUCAUCUUCAUCUUCCCCUAAAAGUAAAACAUCUUCUCCCAAGGUUUCGUCUCCAAAACCGGGUAAAAGAGAAUCAAUGCCCUUGGUAAGGUUAUUGUCAGGCCGGCUCCGUGACAACUCCGCAUCCAAUUCUUUGCCCACAUCGCCGCAUACAUUCAGCGACUACAGGAACUCUGCAGAUUCAGACGGUGAAGCAAUAAGUUUGCGGAGAACCCGAAGGGCUAACAGUAGUCAGUCUUGGAGAAUGAGUUAUGAGCGUGCAAAUACCUGGGCCUCCCAGAACAGUUCCUUCAGUGAAAAUGACGAAGAAGAUAGCAGCUGCAUUUCGUUUCCUGAAUCGGAGAAGCUUACGUCUGGCUCAAAGCCUCCAAAGGAUUUUGUCUGUCCGAUCACAGGACAGAUCUUCAGUGACCCAGUCACCCUCGAAACAGGUCAGACAUAUGAAAGAAAGGCAAUUCAAGAAUGGUUGGAGCGAGGAAACACGAGCUGUCCCAUCACUCGGCAAGCUCUCUCUGCUAGCACAUUACCGAAGAUGAACUACGUUCUUAAGAGACUCAUUACGUCUUGGUCAGAGCAGCAUCCUGAUCUUGCUCGAGAGUUCUCAUACUGUGAGACACCAAGAAGUUCCUUCACUCCUCCUUCAUCGAAAGAAAACACUAUAACUUCAAAUGUGUCAUCUUCACUCCUCCUUCAUCAAAAGAAACUACCUAAUCAUAGGACCUCAAGGUUCGCUGCGGGAGCUGCCUCUACCUCCCCAACGAGUGUGAUCUCUCAAGCUACAGUGGAAGCAAUCAUCAACGGUCUAAAACCGUACAUAUCUUGUCUCUGUACCUCAGAAAACCUGCAAGAGUGUGAGGAAGCUGUUUUGGCGAUCGCAAAGACAUGGAAGGAUACGAAAGGGGACCCUGCACUUCAUUCCCACCUGUGCAGAGCCACCGUUGUCAAUGGAUUAGUGGAGAUCCUAUCAGCUUCUCUAGAUCGAGAUGUGCUCAGGGCAUCGAUCUAUCUACUCUCGGAGCUAAUAUCAGUGGACGAGAGCAUUGGAGAGACUCUCACUAGUGUGGACUCCGAUUUCGAUUGCUUGGCUGCUCUGUUGAAGAAUGGCCUCUUCGAGGCUAUUGUUCUCAUAAAUCAGCUGAGGCCUUCAUUCACUCAACUUUCUGCUAACGAUUUUGUUCCCUCCCUUGUUCAGUCGAUACUGAACAAUUAUGAAUGCUCCGAUGAUUUUAAGUUAUUGGUGGAACCAAAGGAUGCUGCCUUGGCAAUGCUCGAGCAGAUACUAAUGGGAGGCGAUGAGGGUGAAAGGACCGUAAAUACACUGAAUCUUAUAUCUGCAGAUGCAAUUUCAGGUUUGAUUAAGUGUAUGGAUAAAGUAGAACAGAGGCAGUCGGUUAUCUCGAUCCUUCUGUGCUGCAUUCAGGCGGAUAAAAGCUGCAGGAACUUGAUAGCAACAAGAAUUGAGGUUUCUUCUGUUCUUGAAUUGUUUCACGUGGGAGACGACACUGCGAGGGGCAUCUGCAUCAAUUUCCUUUCGGAGCUAGUUCAUUUGGACAGGAGGACAGUUUGCAACCAAAUUUUGCAGAUAAUUAAAGACGAAGGAGCAUUCAGCACGAUGCACACCCUCCUUGUGUACCUUCAGAUGGCCCCAAUGGAGCAGCAACCCACCAUUGCAGCUCUUCUUCUUCAGCUUGAUUUACUGGUGGAGCCGAGGAAGAUGAGCAUUUACCGAGAAGAAGCCGUAGAUGCCUUGAUCGAGGCAUUGCAGAAGAAGGACUUUCCUAAUUCUCAAAUCAUGGCCAUCAAGGCGUUAUUACAUCUUUCAGGUCGAUUGACUGCAUCAGGAAAUCAUUGUACUGAAGCUUGGCUACUCAAGGUUGCAGGGUUCGAACAACCUUACAACGCCUUAGUAAGAGCCGAGAAGUGGAUCGAGCAUGAAAACAAAUCAGCGGAAAAACUGGAAGAAGAGGAGAAGGCUUCUGCUACUUGGGAGAGACGAGUUGCAUUCGUACUCUGCAACCAUGAGAAGGGCUCCAUCUUCAAGGCCCUCGAGGAAUGCCUCAAGAGCAACUCCAUAGAGAUUGCAAAGUCUUGUCUCGUUGUAGGCACAUGGCUUAUUUACAUGCUUUCCCUUCUUCCCGAUACUGGCGUGAGAGACGUUGCUCGGAAGUCUCUGCUUGAUGAGUUCAUAAACAUCCUUCAGUCCUCGAAAAACCUCGAGGAGAAGAUUUUGGCUUCAUUGGCUUUGAAAACAUUCAUCAGUGAUCCAGCCGCGCUUGAGGGACUUGGAUUUUACGCGAAACGCAUAUACAGGAACUUGAGGAAGCUGAAGAGGCACUCUGUGCUUGUGACCGACAUACUAAAGGCAUUGAUGCGCUCGACUUCUAUAAAUGCAGCGGAGCUAUGGAGUUACAAUGAAGUGGUCGAGUUGGAGUCAGGCACCAAUGGUGAAGUCCUCGCCUUGGUUCAUUUUAAAACUCGGCUCUUGAGCAGCCAUUCUGAUGGAACCAUCAAGAUGUGGGACACCUCGAAGAGGAGCUUGAGAUUGAUCCAAGAAGUUCGCGAACACGCCAAGGCAGUCACUUGCCUCUGCCUACCAUCAUUGGGUGACAGAUUAUUUUACAGUGGUUCAUUAGACAAAACUAUUCGGGUAUGGGCGCUCAAACCCGAAGAAAUUCAUUGCGUCCAAGUCCACGAUGUGAAGGAGCCAGUGCACGGGUUAACAGCCAAUAGUAAUGUUGCCUGCUUUAUUUCUCAAGGAACUGGGAUUAAGGUCUACAACUGGUCCGGGAGUCCCAAGCAUGUGAAUUUUAACAAAACCGCUAAGUGCCUAGCCAUGUUCGGGGACAAGCUGUACUGCGGCUGCUCCGGUUACAGUGUACAGGAGGUGGACUUGGGAAAAUUGGUAUCAUCUCCGUUUUACUCCGGCACGAGAAAGCUGUUGGGCAAGCAGACAAUCCAUGCAUUACAUGUUAACGAUAAUUUUCUCUUCUGUGGUGGCUCUUCAGUGGAUGGAACAGCGGGGAAGGUUUUCUCUUUCCCGAGCAAGGCAGUCGUAGGGGCUUUCUCGACAGGAUUUGAGAUCCAGCACAUAGCUGCAAGCAACGACUUCAUAUUCACGGCAACAAAGUGUGGGAUCAUCGAGGUGUGGCUGAGGGAGAGAAUUAGCAGACUCGCCUCCAUUAAGAUGGCAUGUGGAGGUCAUCACAAGAUCACAUCCUUGGCAUCGGACAUUGACGGAGGGAUGCUCUUUGCCGGUUCCUCGGAUGGUAGAAUACAGGCUUGGGCUUUGGAUUAGGCAUAAGCAAGCUUGUUUCAGGAUCCUGGAGAAUCGACGCCGAGGAAACAUAACAUCUAAGUCACUGCAUGCAGUGCAGUUUUUUCAGAUCUCUAUAACUCUGAGACUCGAGUGGCAGCAUUGUUACAAUUCUUGAGCUUUUGCAUUGUCCGUAAAGUAUGUGGGUUUCGGGUAUCAGCAA